GCCGACAAAUUCCUUCCUUCCUUAUAGAUGUUCACGAAGCUCCCUGCCUCCAGCUCUCUGCAGCUAUUCUCCUCUGGCGUACAUUUCCACUCCCACCAGCCACAAUUUCGCUACCUAAUCAUCCACAGCUAGCUAAUCUACAACAUAAAAACACAAAACCCAACACCAUAGCUGCAAUACUACUACUACCACUGCUACAAUGGAUCCCUGCCCAUUCGUCCGCCUAAUCAUCGAAUCACUAUCCCUAAAACUCCCCUUCGCCGCCACCAAGCCCGCCGGCUCCGGCGUCCACCCCACCGCCACCCCGUGCUUCUGCGUCCUCAAACUCAAAGGCUUCCCCACCCAAACCGCUCUCUUACCCUUAUGCCCCUCUCCUCCAACCACCGACUCCUCCUCCUCUGCCCCAGAGACAACCACCUCCGCGCCCGGAUUCCACCUCGACGCCGCCGCCCUCCGCCGGGUCUCCGGAAAGCCGAUUCCGCUCCGGGUCUCGGUCUACACCGGCGGAAUGGGUCGGAAUUGCGGGGUCAGCGGCGGGAGGCUGCUGGGGAAGCUCCAAUUGAAACUCGAUUUGGGGGAUGAAAAGGAAAAUGCUGCCAAUUCCUGCAGCAGGUCGGGCACUAAUGUGUUUCAGAACGGGUGGUUGACCCUCCGUUGCCAGCCGGGCAAACCGGCCGCCCGGAUCCACAUGGUUUGUCGGGCCGAGCCCGACCCGCGGUUCGUGUUCCAGUUCGGCGGGGAGCCCGAGUGCAGCCCCGUGGUUUUCCAGAUUCAGGGCUGCAUCCGGCAGCCCGUCUUCAGCUGCAAGUUCAGCGCUGACCGGAACUCCCGCUCCCGAUCUCUGCUAUCGGAUUUCAACAACGCAUCCUCCAACGGCACGUGGACCAAAACCUUCUCCACCCGGGAGCGAGAGAAGGCCAGCCGGCGGGAGCGCAAGGGGUGGAUGAUAACGAUCCACGACCUCUCCGGCUCGCCCGUCGCCGCCGCGUCGAUGAUCACCCCGUUCGUCCCUUCGCCCGGGUCGGACCGGGUCUCCCGGUCCAACCCGGGGGCGUGGCUGAUCCUCCGCCCGCACGGGUUCUCGGUCAGCACGUGGAAGCCGUGGGGCCGGCUCGAGGCGUGGAGGGAGCGCGGCGGCGCGGUGGAUGGGCUGGGGUACAAGUUCGAGCUGAUGACCGACAGCAACGGCGGUCGGGUCGCCAUAGCCGAGGGGAGCGUCGGGGUGAGGAAGGGCGGGCGGUUCGAUAUCGACGGGAGGACGGUCAGGGAACCGGUUUCCCGGUCGGGGUCGGCGAAGGGGUUCGUGAUGGGUUCGACCGUGGAAGGGGAAGGGAAGGUGAGUCGGCCCGUGGUUCAGGUCGGGGUCCAGCACGUGACCUGCACGGGGGAUGCUGCGCUGUUCGUGGCGCUAUCCGCUGCGGUCGACCUUAGCAUGGACGCUUGUAGGCUGUUUUCGAGUAAGUUGAGGAAGGAGCUUUGCCAUGAUGAUCAGGAUGGUUUGUGAGGUGAGGGAGGUAAAAAAAAAGUUUAAUGCUGUGAUGACCAAUAGGGUGGGAGCGGGCGGUAAAAAUUAGUUUAACUGUUGGUUUGAGCGAGUGGUUUAAGGUUAAUUUGUUGGGUAGGGUUGAUUUGUUUAUUUCAUUUGGAUUUUUGGCCUCCUUUCAUGGGUUGAUGAUUGGGGCUGAGCUGUAAAUGGGGACAAUAGCUGGGCCUUACUGGCUGAGGGCCCAUGGAUCGGUAGGUGGAUUUGGCUGGCAUGUCACCACCCACGUCCUAAUGUUGGUUGGUUUUGGAGGGGGAUUCUUUUUUUGCUGCGGUGGUUGUUAGUAUUUAUUAAAUUGGUAAUUUUGUACAAGUUAGUGCUUUCCAGAAAGAAAUGAGAAUGUAUAGGGAAAAGGAAAAUUAUUUUGUUGUUUUUAUUAUAUUUUGGAGAUGAUAGUAUAACCGUAUAACAUGUUUAAUAUGUAUAUUUAAUAAGC